AUGGAUCCUUUCCCUUUCGAACGAUUGCCUGUCGAGCUCAAGAUAAAGAUCAUUAGACUUGCUAUUCCCUCGGUCAUAACACCCAUUGGAACGAGCAUGGCCGAUCGCUUUACACUUGAAGAUGAUAAAGAACUGAGACGAAUUCGUGAUUCAUGUCCGGAAAUCAAGGUAAUAUGCAAUCGAAUUCGUUACCUCGUGGCAUGUUCACAUGGACAAGAAGUAUUUCGACUUGACCCUCUACACGACGCAUUCGUGGUAAAUGAGCCAAGUUUUCCUAUGUUUGGGGUAUCUGAACUACCCCAAGAGCAAGGGCUAGAAUCCUCUCAGCAAGCAGAUCUUCCUAUCCGGCGCUUCGUUUGCCGGCUCUUAGGGCCUCCCCUCUCAAGAGGAGCUCCAGGACUUCAAACAGGUAAAGUUCUACCGGAGAAUGGGGAACAGACGUACGCCCAGAUGCCAUUUGAAUACUCGUCACCUAUAUGUUCUCGCACCCCAAUGCUCAAGGCGUUUACCUUGCUCAUAGAUGCCUGUGAGAGGAGCUGGCAUAUUGAGGGCUUUCAGCAAUAUGGGCCCAAUACCAUUAGCUGGCGGCCUCCCAAUAACCUUUGGGGGAUCGCAAGACGCGAUCCCUGGCAAGAACAUGGUAGUUUCAACAAUGUUGCUUCUAUGCGGCUUCCGUCUGAUACUGGUAUUCCCUGGAAGUUCACAACAAUGGUCGACAAUCUAAGUGAUCCUAGAGAUCUUAUCAGAGGCGCAUCUCAGCGAGAUGUACCCAGGAUUGGCUUCCAUGGAUACAGUCGAGGCAACAUGUCCCAGGGAGGGAAAUGGCCUGGUUUCAGAUACUGGACUGAGACGAAGAAGAUUGAAUUUAGGCCUUUAUCGUGGGCAGAGGUUCAACCUUGUAUGAAGGACUAUCACAGAAUAUCGUUCCGGCGUAGCUAUCCUGAUUUCAUUGCUCGACUGUGGAUAAAUCGGUCAGGUGAACCGAUAGCUGCUGAGCAGUCACAGUACGGUUGGAUUGAGGUAAGACCUCCCGAAAAAGGCGAUGAUCUUUGGGUAGAGCAGGUGGCAACAACGUGGAAAAUGGUUCGGGAUACAUUGGUGAAAAUGAACGAGAAUAUGAAUCUCGAGUGGCGGUUUGAAAACAAGUGA